GAUAUUGGCAUUUUACAUGCGACUGCAUAUGGCCGAUGGCAACAGGUCACAUCCAGGCCGCUGAUGAGCAUUUCCGACAAGGAACGGAAGGUGGACUCGAGCAUGGUGUUGGAAGAUUGGUCGAAAUCCACGCCCAAGAUAGGGGGUCAGAAGGCACUGCAGGAGUUGCAGGACUCCUGGGCUUACCUCGCGUCCCUGGUUGAUGCUGGCAAAGGUGCAACAGCUGACAAAGUUGAUGCGGCAGCUGAUAGAAGUGCUGCAAAGGUUGACAAAGCUGAUGAAGGACAAGAGGACUCCUAUGAAUCAAGCGAGUCAGAAAAGGCCUCGGACGAUGGCAACGUGGAUGUCAAAGCGGCAAUUAGUCAUCCGUCUACAACUCAUGAACAGAUGAGGGAUAAGCAGGAGAAGGGGGAUGCGAAGGACGACGAGGAUGAUGAGGAAGAAGAAAGCGAGGAAGAGGAGGAGGCAGAGGAGGAAGAGAAGGAGGACCAAGAGGAAGAAGAAGAGGAGGAUGCAGAGGAGGAGGAGGCAGAAGAGGAGGAGGAGCAAAAGGAAAAAGAGGAGGAAAGCUCCGACGAGUCAGUCGAGUCAGAGCAGGAAGCAAAGAAGGAGAAAAAUCAUGUUCGACUGGUAUCAGCAGCAGACCGGCAGCGCUCACGAUCCCGGUCUCGUUCUAGAAGAGAAGCAAAGAAGGAGCGAAGCCGUUCCAAGAAGCGGCAGGAGAGGCUAAGCCGGAAAGCCAGGUCAUCCAGUUCCAGCCACAAGCGGCGCAGCCGCAAAAAGAGCCGUACUCCAAGCAGGAAGCGGCGCGGCAACAACUGGAAGGAGCGCCGACGCAGUUCCAGCUCGCGAGCGCGGAAGGACCAGAAGAGAAAGCGAAGUCCUAGCCGGAGCAAGCGCAGAAGUCCGAGAAAAAGUGACGUGAGAGGCACAAAGCCAACUCUCCCACCGCCUCGCAGGAGGAGCCCUUCCCCUUUGCGCCGAAAGACACAGGAGGACAAGGGCAAGGCCGAAAGAGACGCGGAGAAGUCCGCAAAAGAGAGCGCGAGUGAGGCCUUGCUGAGGGGCCCGAAGCCUCCAGCGAAGCCUCAAACAAAGCCUCAAGCAUCUCCCGCGCAAAUGCCGCAGCAGACGCAGCCGACCCAGCCCAAAGCUUCCCUGGGCUUGCCCAAGAAGCCGCAGGUGUUGGAUUGGAGGAGGCGCUCCUCCGCAGAGGCCAAGCCUGCCGCGCAGGACCCCCGCGCUGCUGUUCCCGGCUACGAGUUUGCUUUGCGUGCUCAUGCAGGGCAGCUGGCUGCUGCUCUUGCAGCGGCACAAGCACUGCACAACCCAGGCAAUCGCGAGGUCUCAAGGAAGAUUGCAGCUCUUUUGGAGCAAUGUCCGGCAAUCACAGAUGAUGCAUUGACGGCUCUUCGCACGCUGCCAUCGGAUCAGGUGAUUCAGGUGUUGACUACUCUUGUGAGCAGGAGAAUGGACAUCAUUGAUGCUUCCACGUGGGUCCUGCACGUGGUGAAUGGCCUCUCCAGCUCUGCCUUCAGCACGGCCCAGGGCGGGCAGCCGCAGUCCCAAGUCGUGAAAGAGAUGGUGGACAGGCACUAUCCAAAUCUAGCCAAUGCCUCCAGAUCCUUACUCCUGCAGAUCGCAGAGGCGGACGCAAUCCAAAUCAUUCAAGCUCACAUGUGCUACAGCGGAGACCCAUCGGACUCCAUCUUUCAAGCGGCCACGCUUCACAUGCAAGGUGCUGCGGGAGCUUGCAACAUGAUGUGCAACAUGGGGAUGGAUGCCUUCAUGAUGAGUGGCAUGGGCUGCGGCAUGAUGGGCAUGAUGUCUGGCUGCUUCGGUGGCAUGAUGCCUGGGCAGAUGAUGGGAAUGGGAGGAUGCGGUGGGAUGGGCUGCUGCGGAGGCUGCGAGAACACCGGCAGCGAGGCCGCCAUAACCGACGCUGGUGCAGGUGGUGCAGCUGGUGCAGGCGGCGCAGGUGGCACAGGUGCCGCGCCUGCUUCCCCAGCUGAGCCUGAAGCAGAGAGUCCCACUCUGCCUGAGAACCCAUUUGUCAUGCCACCUGGCAUUGAGCUGGCGUCGGAGAACGAGGAGCUCCUAGAUCAGCUGCGGUCCUGGUCUCUCUCGGACAAGGCCUUCCAGGAAAUCAUCAAGCUUCCAACCUCGGAGGUUAAACUGAUUCUGGAGAAGCUUCCCAAUGAGGGCCAACCCCCCUCAGCGUACUUGCUGCGGUCGGCGGCACAUUUCUGGGCUGAGGGCCCACGAGUGCCUCUAGUAUCCAAGAGCAACGCAGAUGAAGAACCUGAGUCUCCAGACGCAGAAGGGCUGAGAAGGGCCGAGGAUGAGGACCAUGUGUCCGAGCCCACCGUGCCGGAGGAACUGCCCUGCUCGCUUUGGGGCGUGGCCCCACUGUCCAAGGCAGAUGUCCUGCGGCAAGAGGCUCCAGAACCUGUUCUUCCUGGCGUUAACUCUGGAGGCUUCAUGUCAUGGACAGCGGCGGCCACUUCCAGAGGCAGAGAGGCCUGAGGGCCUGAGCAGUGAGUGGGCCUGGAGAGCCGUAGCUCAGAGGCGUCCAAAGAUA